AUGAGCUCUAACCGUUUUACAAAUUAUUUCGCGUUUUAAGGUAUAAUAAAUUGAUGGGUAAAAUUUCUCAACUUGUAAUCGCGCAGUUUUUAAGUUAUAGCUCUUUUAAAUUUUCAAACUUUAACCUUAUCGUGUGUUUCGAUAUCUCUGCGCCAUAUUUUUUUUUGUCGAUUUAUUGUUUGUGUAUUUUACAGAACACAAUAAACUCUAAAAAAAACUUUAAAAUUAUGUUCGACAAAUUACACAAAAACACAAUAUAAUUAAUUUUUUUUCAUUAUCCAUAAACAAAAUGUCAGCCGAGUGCCACAAACCGUUCUGUAUUGUUCAUUUAACUGGAUGUAGUGGCGUGUUAAAUAAGUUUUCUAAAAAAACGUUUGAAAAUUUUUGUAUAAAAAGAACGAAAUGGCUUUCUCUUGCGGAGGAAGGGAAAACUGUCGCGGAAAUUUCUCUCAAUUUUGUUGGGAAAGAUGUUUCAUUUGAGAAUCUUUAUGCUACAACAACAGGAAGAACUUGCUCUCCAUAUUAUCAUUUAAAAUGUUACCAAAAGUUCACUGACAAAGUCCUUAUUGCAAGAAUAGAAAAAAAAAUUAAUGAAUCUAAAGCUAAAAAUAAAAGAAGAUCUACUUCACCAACAACACUUUGCACUAGAGGUAGAAAGUCCACAAGAAAAUGCAACAGCUCUAACAGUAAUCGUAAUAGAAAUAAGACUCACAUUUUACCCGAAAUUUGUUUGGUUUGUGAAAAGGUGGAGAAGUACUUUAUGGAUAAGGUGCAACUAAAGCGAUCUGUGCAAUAUCUAACUCUGGCAGAAACAAAAGAUGCAGUAAUGUAGGAUUUGCUGCAGAAUCUUUUGUUAAUAAUAGUUCAACUGAAAAUACAGAUGAAGAUGAUAGUAAUAGUCAUGAUGACAACACAAAAGAAAUUCCUAAACAAAAUAUUAGUAUAGAAUUGGUCCAUUUUUACAUGGUGGCAUUAGAGUUGAGAAAGGUUAUUCAAGGAAUAGCUGAUUUCACUGGGAUUUGGCCUCCAGUUUCACAUUUGUUUACCAUUGAAAAUUGUGUUGAAAGUGUUCCAAUAGUACUAUAUAACUUUUUAUGUCUUGUUCUUGGUUUUUCUGAUGAACCCUAUCUUUAUAAUCAACGUCAUUCUAUUACAACACCACUUAUGCUUAAAGUUAUUUCUAUUGCACAAGAUCUUAUUUAUGUUGCAUCAAAAGGGCGAACCAAUACUUACAAACAUCUUGCACUCGGUAUGACAGUCAGACAACUUACUGGAUCCAGCAAGCUUAUUGACAUUUUAAAUGGAUUUGGUCAUUCUGUAUCAAGUGCAACUGUCAUUCGUCACGAAUCUGCGUUAGCAGCAUUAAAUGUGAUGGUUAAUACCAUUGUUCCAUGUAAUGUAGCAAAAAAAAAGUUCACAACUCUAGUAUAUGAUAAUGCUGAUUUUCUUGAAGAAACUCUCUCUGGAUCUGGAACAACUCAUGUUACUCAUGGAAUUUGCAUUCAGGAAAAAUACAAUUGCAAUUUUAGCAACUCUAUCCAAGUUAGCAGAAGAUUAAAAACUGUUCCAUUGCCAAAACAAGUGGUUCAACCAUAUCAUUUAGGAAAAAAACCAUCAUUUAGUGUUCCAUAUGAUAGCCAAAGUUAUUUUACUCAAAAUAAUCUAUUGGAUUUGACACCUUCCACAAAUGUCAAUGAACAAUUGCAUUUUAUUAAAUAUGAUCUGGCCUACUGUUUUAUCAAGUUGCCAACUAUAAGCUCAGAAAUUCUACCUUCAUGGACAGGUUUAAACACUAUAAUGUCUGAUAAAAAUAUGCUAACUACUAUUGCUUACUUACCAGUUAUUGAUGCACCUGUAACUGAAAUAUCAACUAUCAAUGAAAUUUUGAAGCAAGCACUUACAAUUGCUAACACGCUUGAACUAGCACAUAUUGUGUUGGUUUUUGAUGAAGCUGUCUACUCAAAAAUACAGUUAGUUAGGUGGAAGACUGAAGAAUACUUAAGCCGUAUUGUAGUACGUCUUGGUGAUUUCCAUAUGUUAAUGUCAUAUUGUAGUGGAAUCUCAAAAAUUUAUGCUGAUGCAGGAAUGCAGGAUAUAUUUAUUGAAUCUGGAAUUGUGGCAUCUGGUUCCAUUAACGGAGUCCUAUUAGGGAAACAUUACAAUCGAUCUGUGCGUUGUCAUAAAACAUUGUAUGAAGCACUUCAACGCCUCUGCUUUCAAUCAUUUUUGGAUUCCUUGGUGAAUGAGGAAAAUUGUGAUAUCAUUGAAUUUUUGUCUGCUAUGAGAGAAUGUAUUGUUAAAGAAAAUGAUGAUUUUUAUUAUCACAAUUAUAAGGAUUAUAUUGAGAGCCAGAAGUUUGAGAAUCUGUGUCAACGGUACAAAGAUUUUGUUGAUGUACAGUGCCAAGAAAAUGCCACAUUCAACUUUUGGUAUAAUUACAUAGAUAUGAUACAAAUUUUGCUUUUACAUAUACGAGCUACGCGCACUGGAGAUUAGGCGUUACAUUUAUCAGCUGUUAGAUCGAUGCUCCCAUGGUUUUUCAUUACAGAUAGAGUUAAUUAUGCGCGAUAUGCUACUUCUUACUGGGUGGAAAUGAAGAGAUUAGCAAUAACUCAUCCAGCUGUUAAUGAUGAAAUUCACAAUAACUGGACUUCUCAACGACAGGAACAAUAUGGAUUUUCUAGAGUUGCAUGUGACCAGACAAUUGAGCAAACUUUUAAUAGGGAUUCGAAAACACAAGGAGGCAUUGUUGGGUUUACUCGAAAACGAUCAGCUGUUCAUAGUUGGAUCAUGGCUCAACAUCAACGCUGUGCUAUAUUUAAACAAUGUGAAAUCAUUUCGGGUAGUAUAUCUCAUACACGGCAGAGGAAAGACCUUGGCGUUAGUAGGAUCAAAAAGGAC